AUGUAUGAUGAGUUGCAGGAGACUAUCAUGAAGGAGAAUGCCGCUUGGAUUGCCGCGAGGCCUGACAUUCCUGGCAAGGAGGAUGCCAUGAGGAAUAUUGAGUUAUAUAUUAAGAGAUUCAAACACAAACUCCAUACUUGUGCAAAAGCUUGGGAGUUAAGGGAGAAGCGUCGAGGCUUUGUACCAGUGAUUGUGAAGGAUGGAAGGAGUGACAUUCCCGACGUUGAGUAUGACAAAAUGCUUGUCCACGGUGAGCUGCCUCUUGGUGAAUAUAUUUAUUUCAUUCGGGCAUGGAUCGGGUGGCUCAACAUAGAGACCAUAGACAAGCCUAUUUUUGUUUCCUUCAAGAACAUUGAGCCUCCCAUUGGUGCCUUGAUGUCUGAAGUCGAUGAGCAAAACAAGGAUGAAGAUGGAUUCCUCCAUGUCACCUACGGCGGAGAAGGGAAGGCCCAUGGAACCAUCAAUCACGAGCAAUAUGGAGAGAGAGAGAGAGAAGACAAAGCCUGGACCUAA